GAGACAUGACUCUUUGUUGUACCAACAACGAAUACUUUUGUUUUACAGAAAAGUGGGUUUGUGUGGUUGUGUGGAGGGUUGUUUUUGUUUUGUUAGAUGAUUGUGUGUAUAUAAUUGUAUAUGUAUGUAUAUAACUGUUACGUCACCAAUAAUUAGACUGUUCGUGUGUUUAGGUAUGUAUUUCUAUCGCAUGAAUAUACUUUGUUCAUGCAACUUCGUUCAGUAGUCAAUAUUUGUUGUAUAAAGUGUGAACAUCGUAAGAUACAAUUUGCUGAACGGAUUUCGAUUUGGAAUUAAAAUUAUGGCAGCAAAUAAAAGUAUCAAUGCAAAAUUCAUUGCGCUUUUAAUCGAAGAAUACAGAGCUUUGCCAUCCCUGUGGGAGGUCGAAAGUGAUGGCUAUAAAAAUAAACACAUCAAAGCAGCCGAUUACAAUCAUCUUUUGACAAUAAUGAGAGCCAUCGAUCCACUGUUGACGAUGCAAGAACUUAAGAAAAAAAUUGCCGGUGUCAGGACUUGCUAUCGUCGGGAAUUGAAAAAAGUAUUGAAAAGUAGUGGGAAGGGGAAGAGAGUUUAUAUUCCAUCGCUAUGGUAUUUUGAUGAUAUUGAUUUCCUUCGUCAUCAAGAGCCAAAGUCACCAGGACCAAGAAGAAAUGCACUUGUUAAAACUGCUGAUGGUGAUGAUGAUGAACAUGUUGAUGAAGAAGAUGAUGGUGACGAAGAUGAUAAUGAUGAUCAAGACGAUUGUAAUAAUCAUUUUGAACCCGAACCUGAUCCUAUCGAAGAAGAAGUUGAUCAAAAACCAAUUUUACGAAAAUAUAAAAUAAAAGCACGAAAAUCCAAAGAACUUAAAAGAUCAUUUUUUACGAGAAAUACAUUUGUGGCUAAGUCUGUAACACAUUCUGACGUUUUACAACCACAGGCUCCACAGCAAGAAACAAAAAAAGAUGAUUCUACGAUUUUCAGUGAAUCGUGGGCGAUUCUAUUCAGAAAACUUUCUCCAGAACAACAAUUAUAUGGAAAAAGAUGUAUCGAUGAAGUUUUGUAUCAAGGUCAACUGGGAAAUUUAAAUUCUCAUACCUAUCGUAAUAUAGAAGGCUACGCUAAUGAGUCGACAGCACAAUCUCACCAUCAAGGGCAACCAUCAUACCACACUGGUAAUGUUAAGCCAAUUGUGGUUAACGAAAUUGAUCCAUCUUUUGACGAAUUAUAAGAAAAUCUAUU